GCGCAGCACACUCCCGCCAGCGCCCGCACAGGCGCCAUGUCCUCCAAGGCGCCGCGCUUUCCGCCCGAGCGGCCCUCGGACGUGCCCGGCCCCAACGCGUAUUCGGUGCCGUCGCCGCCGCGCGCAAAGGCACCCACCAUGGCCGUCGCCUCGCACGCGCCGCGCCGCAUCGACGUCACCGCCACGCAGCUGCCGCUCGCCGCGCGCAACGUCAACGUGGCGGCGGCACUGCCGGCCAAGGGCGCCGCCGCGGACAAGGAGCGCGAGAAGCUCGAGCGGCGCCUCGAGAAGGCACAGAAGGCGCUGCAGGAGCGCGACGAGGAGCUCGUGGAGAGUCGCAGGGAGGUGGAGGACAUGGCGGUGGAGCUGCGCCUGGCGGCGCAGAAGCGCACGAAGCUCGAGGCAUCGCUCGCCAAGGCCAGCGGUGCGCCGAAACUGGCCGCGCUGCAGACGUCACUGCAGACACUCGAGGAGCUGCAUACGCGCGCCAAAGCCGACGCCGCCGCGCAGAUCGAGGCGGCGCGUCGCGAUGCAGAGGAGGAGCGCAAGCAGCGCGAGCUGGCGCAGCGCGAGGCGGCCGACGCAGUGCGCACCGGCGCUCGCCUCUCCUCGGAGCUCGACGGCUUGCGCAAGGAGAUGCAGGACCUCGAACGCAAGAAGGUCGCCAGCGCGGAGCACCGGCUUCAUGCGGCAAUGUCGGAGAGAGACGCAGCUCUGCAGCGGGAGCAAGCCGCUUGUGCCGAGCUGCAGAGCGCAGAACAGCAGCUCGAUGCCGCUCUCGCAUCGGCAGAGGAGGAGCAUGAAGAGCUCGAGCAGGUCGUGCAACGAGCAGCUCUCCUGUCGCGAGCCGGCUGCGAGCUCGGCGAGCGACUACGCGCCUCACAGCUGGGCGCCGCGAGCUUGCAGCUCCUCAACUCCGUCUACCGGCACGAGAACCAACUCUUGCGCGUGCGACUGGAAGCAGCGAGCGCCGAGUGCAGCGAGUGGCACGGUCGCCAAGCGGUCUGGCAGCAAGAGCGCGAGACGCUUGCGGCACAGCUCAACGACGCACAUGCCGAGCUCGCGACAGCCUUGCCGCUCGAUGUCGCAACCUUCGAGCCGGCAGUCGAGCCCAGGGCUCCCGCUCAGCUCGACGGACUGGCUGAAGUGCUACGUGCGGCGGCCGAGUCGCGAGCCGACCUGCUCGCAGACGAAGUCGCCGCGCUGCGCCACACGCAGGUCGAGCAGCGGGAAGAAGCAACGACGCUUCGGCUGGCGAUCUCUGCCUCGACGGCAGAGCAAGAGCGGCUGGCCAGCGCAGCAGCCGAGCGAGCCGUGGCGCUGGAGCGCGCAAACCGCGAGGCACUGCGUGCAGUCAAUGCCGAGCUGCAGAUCGCCGAGCUGCAGAACGCAGCUGCAGAGGUGCAGCGCGAGAAGAGCUUGCUCAAGGACGCCAACAAGGCGCUCCUGAGCAAGAUCAGCAAUGCGCGCGCCAAGGAGGAGCGCUGGAGCGACGAGGUGGAGGAACUUUCUGCGGCGCUCACGCGGGCGACGGCGUACGAGGAGGCCUACGGCAAGCUCUCCGUGCAGCACACGCACCUGCUGAGCCGCUUUGACGAUGCGGCAUCGGAGGCCGCCGAGCUUGCGUCUCUCAACGCGACGCUGGCCGGACACGACAAUGGCGCCCAGCGCAUCCUCUACGUCGACCGGCUGCGCGUGGACCGCGACGAAGCGCGGCACGAGGCACUGGCGCUGCGGCUCGAGCUCGACGCCGCGCAGCAGGCACAGACGGAGCUGGCGCGCAAGCUCGAGUGCUUCACGUCCAUCGACAUGCCGCUGCACGAGCGGCCACGCACCAAGGUGACGCGCGUGCGCCGCCUGCAGAGACCGCUCGGCGCCACGAUGCCGACGCCUGCGCUGCGCGACGAGCAGAGCGCUCCAGCGGCGCAGCCAGUCGCGGCAGCAAAGCGCACGCCGCCUCCGCCGCAGCCGACGCACUCGACGCCGGCGCCUCGCCGUGCCGCAGCGGCCUCCACGCGUCUGCCUGCGCGGCGGACGCCCAUCAAGGUCGCGCCCCUGCGGCCAGCGCACCACCGCAGCCUCGGUGGCGGCGCGACAGGCUCGGACUGGCUCGACGAGCCCGAGCCGCUGCAGGUGCGCCCGGUCACGCCUGGUCGCGCCGCCUUGGGCCUGUCUGCCGAGGGCGAGAUGACGCUGGACGAGCUGCGUGGUCGCUGA